UUCACAGCGAGAAGGUGAAACCAGCGGCUAGGGCACUUCUCUGUCUGUCUGCAGGCAACCUGAUCGACUAGCAUCACCAACGCCCAUAAAGUAGCAAUAUCCAGGAAAUAAAGCUAGCAGCUAGAAGAACAGCCGCUUCCUCCGCACCAUCCGACCGGCUCAGUUGUUGCAGUGCAGUGGUCGUGAUUUUGGACCUGAGCCUUUUGACACCGUUAUCAGCUUGAGUUCUCUCAUGUAUCACAUGUAGUGUACAAGUUAGCGGCUUCUUUCUCACUGUGCGGCUAGCUCUCCCUCUUUGGACUGAUUCACUGCGACUGUUUGACUUCUAUACGAAAAAUGGCAACCCAGAUCGAUAAAGAGGCUUGCAGAGAGGCUUACAACCAAGUCAGAGACGAUAACACGGACACUAGCUGGGCUGUGUUUAAAUAUGAGGGCUCCAUGAUCCUGCCUGGAGGAACAGGGACGGACUAUGAGGACUUCAAGAGUUUGUGCACAGAUGACGCUCGUCUGUUCGCCUUCGUCCGGAUCACGACGGGAGACGCCAUGAGCAAACGGGCCAAGUUCACCCUCAUCACCUGGAUCGGGGAGAACAUCAGCGGGCUGCAGCGCGCCAAGAUCAGCACCGACAAGGCGCUGGUCAAAGAGAUUGUGCAGAACUUUGCCAAGGAGUUCAUGUUCAGCGAUCCCAGGGAACUGGACGCAGACAACAUCCGCUCAGAGCUGAAGAAGGCCGGUGGAGCCAACUACGACGCUCAAGCCGAGUAGAGAAGUGCCAUGGUCCACUGGAAGGGUUUGGGGGGGGGGGGGGGGGGUUGGUUGUGGUCAGGGUACGGUAGGGUGGGGCGGGGGGGUUGGGGCAGGGCAGUUUCCUCUUGGGAGAGCGAGGCAGGAUAGGGAGGGGGGGGGGCUUGAAAAAGGGAAUGCACGCACAAACGAAGCAGAGGUGCACCAGCAGCUUUCACAUGGUGACCAAACACUUUAAUGCAGCCUUUAGGAAACAGUAGAUUAUAAAUCCUUCCCUAGUGACUGAUUUCCUCUCAGCAGCAGCCUUGACACACAUCUGGUUACCGUAGUUACAGAGUAGUAUUGGUACAGAUGCUGUUGGUGCACCUCUGAUAUGAGAACAUCUGGAUAACGGCGUUUAUAUACUUUAUUUUAACAGUGUGAGCUGCACUGCCCAGCUACUUGAAUCCUUUUGUGUAUUUGGAAAAAAAAAUACAUCCACAUUUUAGGACAGAUUAGAAGCACAUUGGAAUAUCUUCCUUGAGAACCUACAUUUUUAAGAAACCUUACCAUGGUGACACUCAAGAUCGUUACUUUAAUGCCGUUUUUUUUCGGGACUUUUUUGUCUUUAUGAUAACUCGUUAGCAGCUGAUUAGCUGAGCACACAGGGACAGAUAACCUGGCUCUGUCCAGAGUAACUACCUCUGCCUACCACCACCUCCAGAGCGCAGUAUAAAAAUGAAACCAGGAAGUCACCGUUCUUGCACGUAACCCACUGUGAGAUGGCAAAUUUCCAUUUUUAUAAUUAGUUUUGCACCAUUUGAACAAAUGAGAUGUAUUAAUAAAGGAACUUUAGAGAGCUGCUGGUGGAUAUAUUCAUUUAUGUCAGUACCAGGCUAACUCCUCUCCCCUGUUUUCGGCCUUUGUGCUAAUCUAAGCUAAUCAGCUGUAUCUUCAUAUUGAACGGACAGAUCAUCUACCCUCAAGGAACAACAAGCUUGCAAAUGAGCAGAUUCACAAAAUGUCCAACUGUUGUCCAGAGAUUAUACAGUUCUGUUACUUUAUUGGGUGUCUGCAUUCACUGGAGUUAAAAUCAAGUAUAUAAACGCUCUUAAAGAUCACAACCUGCCUCCCUCCUCUCCUCCCCUCCGCCCUCUCCCCGGUCAGCUCCUGGUUGGUGAUUUACUGUGCCGUAUGUAACAUCUCAAACUCAUUCUCACCUCAGCCGGGCUGCAGCUGAGCAAUACGACGUUACAUCAAGGCUUCAGCACUGUUCCCUAGGAAUCAUCUCACAUAAUGAGGAUGAAGGGGUUCACUUUGGAAUGAGGCUCUUAACUCACAGGCGUGUGUUUGCCACCAGAGCAUGCUCUUAGUCAUGAUACACUGUAAAAAAAAAAGGGGGAAAAGAUCUCCACUUUCUAACAUCCUUGGUGAUGGCUGCUGGCUUGCUUUGUGUAAUCUUGAGUCAUAUUUAGCCUCCUCUUCAUUCUCAGCCGGGCAGCUGUGUUAGGAUUACAGCCUCCAUCCGGUCCCACUGUCAUUCAGCCUGUCUGCAGACCUGUGAACUCCUAUUUUAAUAGUCCAGAUGUGUCUUUUUGUAGGUGUGAUCUUAUUGGACCUUAUUUUGAUGUACUUCCUUAUUCCACUUUCAGUUGGAUAGGAUCGAUGUUAGCCAUUUCCAGUGCUGGGGCAGAGUUUGUAGAAGGGUACACGGCAAAAAAAGGAGACUCUUGGAGGCUUUCUGCCUGUAGAUAUUAGGCCAUAGAAAUACAAGUUUUAUAUCGACCCGUCAGCAGCACUUGUAGUCAAGUAUUGAAUGUUUUUCCACGUCUCAAAGGAUUGUGGGGAUGGAGAUCUUUUCCCCUGGUGUUUCAUCUCACAUAGACCACUAAAGGUGUCCAUGCCUAUUGUAACCUACUGUGUUUGGCUGCCUUAGCCUCCCAAAUGAGAGAGGGGCAUCAUGGGAGCUUGUGAACUCUACACUGUGAUUGGCUACCGUCCUUACAUAGGGGUGGGACUCUGAUCUGCUCAUGGCUCAUUACAACGUGGGCCUGGGUUCAUCAUCCCCCUCCCCCCACCCAGGAGAAGUCAUUUGUCGGGUGUAGCAACUCUGUUUAUUUCAACCCUCUCUCCCCCCCCCUGCAAAAAAAUGGAUGUUUUUUCUUGUACCUUUUAUGUUUUUGAGAUGAAUUUUAUUUUCUCUGAAGAGUUUUACCUUAUGAUUUUAUUUUUAAGAGCAUUGUUAUCGAGGUCAUUGGCAAAAGAGAUUUUCAAAAAAAUAAUGCAAAAAAAAGAAAAAGAAAGAAAGUGGGCACAAGAUCAGUCAUUUCAAAAUAAAAAUUGAUGUUUUUUUCCAAAA